UUUAUUUUGACAGCGCCCGGAGGAAGUGCCGCGCGCCUCGGUGGACGUGUAGACAGAGUUCGGUCGGUCGGCUCUGCCUCAGUCUGGGCUGAAAAGUUUCUGGUCAUGAGUGGACACACGGUCCCCGCCGACAUCUCCGGACACAUGCUGGACCUGGACGAGGACGAAGACCUGGAGGUCUUCAGUAAGAACACCUCCCUAACAGAUGAAGGCCCGGUGCCCAACUCCCCCAGCUCCAUGGUCAACCAGUACAGACUGGAGGAUGAUGAGGAGCAGCAAGAUGCCAACGCUAAAGACCUCUUCAUCAGCGUUGAGGAUCCGGAGAGCCACAUCACCGCCAUUGAGACCUACAUCAUGUACAGAGUAGCGACCAAGACCACACGAAGUGACUUUGAUUCCAGCGAGUUUGAGGUCCGUCGACGCUACCAGGACUUCCUGUGGCUGCGGAGCAAACUGGAAGAAAGUCACCCGACUCUUAUCGUCCACCCUCUCCCGGAGAAGUUUGUGAUGAAAGGCAUGGUGGAGCGCUUCAACGACGACUUCAUCGAGACCCGGAGAAAAGCUCUGCAGCGCUUUCUCAGCAGGAUCUCGGAGCAUCCCGUCCUGUCCCACAGCCAGCACUUCAAAGUCUUCCUCACAGCACAGGACCUGGCGCCCCACAAGAAGCAGGGUUCAGGUUUCCUCAGCAGGAUGGGGGAGACGAUGAGGGCAGUGGCAAACUCUGUUCGCGGUGUGAAGAACAGACCAGAGGAGUUUGAUGUCCUGCAGGAGUAUGUGGAGAACUUCAGCAACAAGAUCUCUUCUGUGGACAAAGUCACCCAAAGGAUCAUCAAGGAGCAGAGAGAAUACCUGGAUGAGUUAAGGCAGUACAGCUCCACCUACUCCCAGUGGGCGGAGUCAGAGGAGAACCUGUCUGAGCCGCUGAAGGGCGUGGCCAGCUGUGCGGAGCGGUGCUGUAAUGAAACAGAGGAGCAGAUCCAGCAUUUGUCUGAGGUCCUGGUCCCUGCGCUGCACGAAUACGUCCUGUGUACAGAAACCCUGAAGGCUGUGAUGAGGAGGAGGGACAACAUUCAGGCAGAGUUUGAAGUGAAGAGCGACACCUUGGCGUCCAGAAAAAGUGAUCUAGAUGCACUGCAGGAUGAAGUGGAUGAGCUGGCAGAACGCAUGGAGAAGUCCAACAGCGCUUUACAACUGGACUGGAGCCGCUGGAGGAACACCAUGAGAGCAGAUCUAAAGGCAGCCUUCGUCUCCUCUGCAGAGAAGAAUGUGGAGUAUUAUGAGAAGUGUCUGGCUGUGUGGGAGUCCUUCCUGGUGUCUCAGAGGGGGGAGUCCAUCAGUCAGAGAGACUGAGACGAUGCUGCUGGACCUGUGAGGAGCUCCGUCUGUCCUCACAACCAACCACUGACCAUUUUCAACCUUUGAGGCAAAAACGUCUUCAUUCUCCAAAGAGUUCAGUCCACUCUGAUCAUUCCAAACCUGGGUGUCCCUGAUCCUUCCAGCGCCUCCUGUCUGCUCCCUGUUCCUCCAGCAUUUGGACUCAAAAUGAUGCAGGAACCUGAUAGGGUUCAUUCAGUGUUUCUGUUUGAUUUGAUGAUGGACCCUAACAGAGGAGCAGCUUCAGGAGUGACUGUCAGAACCAAAGAUGACUGUGUUUGGACCUUUUCUGUUUGAUUCCUACUAAUUCCUCCUGUCACUUUGAACUGCAGCAGUUUCCACGCCGACUUCUGUCUGUGUGUGACACCAGACGUCUUUGCUUCUAAUCUACUCUUGAUCGUUGCAUCCUCUGAUGUGAGGCGGACGCUCCUGUCCAACUUUCAGAAUGAAACCAUGAGCUUUAGACUUCUUCACCCUCCAAAGUGACUCCUGCUGACAUCAGAGGGAUGGAAACCCCUCCCCGUUUCUUUACUGCCAGUCUUCAGGUUUACAUGCAGGCAGACACGUUCUGCUGAGUCUGUUUUCAUUCUUGGAGAAUCUUUGAGAUUUUUGUGUUAAAUAAAUAAAGCACACAUAAGGCACAAAACAAAGAUGUGUUUACU